CGCCCACCCUGAGACGGCCUGCAUUUGGAGUGGUUGGAGCACUGCACAGCUAGCAUAGCUCGCGCUCUGAGAGGAGAGGAGGAGGAUUAGACCGAUGCGGCCAUGCAGAUGCGGUAAUUAAGAGGGGUUAUCAAAUUCGCUCAAUGGUAUCUUUCGGCUCUGUUGUCGUAUCGCUACCGAUGUCCUACAAAUUGGUAGCUAUCUCUUUGAGACUCUGAUAUGCUCUGCUGUGGGGCAAUUAGGAACGCGGGAUUUUGAAAGAUAUAUAAGAGAUGGUCUCUGUCAACUAAUCGUCUCACACUCAAAUCACAUCUCAUCAAACCAUCACCUGAACUUCACAUCUUAACUGAUAGACUCGUUUACGCACUCGACCUAAUCAUGUCAUCCGUUUCAGACCAGGAUCUCAGCAAAUUCAACUUCCCCGGUGGUUUCCCAAGCUCGAGAGAUCUUGCGCCAUCCAUCGUCUUCCUCCUUGCCUACAUCGCCACGACACCAAUACUGGUUUGGCGAUUGUGGAAGAAGGAGUAUCGAACGCUCUGCCUCAUCCGACCAACACUGUUCCUCCUUGCCCGUUAUGUUAUGUUGGUCCUAAGGGCAUACAUGUCCAAGCAUAGUUAUGGAGAGAACGAGCUGAUUGCCGAGCUCGUUGUCGUCUCCACCGGUACUCUGUUCCUUGUGGAUCCCCUCACGGAGCUGUGGAAACGUAAUGUCACCACGGCCGUCGCGAAGGAUGUAGCGCCAAAAUGGGUCAGACGAGUAUCCAUCAUUCUCUCGCUCGGAGUUCUCGCGGCCAUCGGAACUUCCGUUGCGGCUGCAUCACAGAUUUCCGGAGCCAUGGAUGGUUCGAGUUCAUUGAGUACAGUGUUGACCUUGCGCAAGGCCUCAGCCAUCGUCACUGUAGCUGUCAUCGUCUGCAUUCUGAUCGCUGCUAUCCUGACUCACAUGUCAUUCGGCUUGGCGAUCCGAAACACGCUGUUCGUCGUUGGAUGCUCGCUUUGUCUCCUCGUCAUCAGUACCUAUCGAGUGGUCCAGACAUACAGCACCAACCCGGAUUCAGCAGUCCACAAGCCAGUGGUUUUCUGGAUCUGUCAAAUGGUCUUUGAACUCAUCGUCUUCGUCUCCCUGAUCAGCAUCCCCAUUCCUGCCUGGUUCCCGUCCACGAGAACUCCGGCCGAGGCUGAGCAGAUCAGCCAAGCGGAGUACGGCAAAUCCGAGGCCUCGAACGGAAUGACGAUGUACCCCGUUCAGUACCAUUCUGCUGGUCAAUCUCGUGGGCCGGCACAAUCCCAGCAGCAGUCAUAUCCUCAAUAUCAGCCCAACAACAACCAGACCUACCCUUCUCGUUGAUAAACUCAAAACAAUGGAAUUUAAAGAUUCCAUUUAAGCAUAGAUCCAAUUUCUGUAGUUAAGUAUGCAUCAUUGCGCGUUGUCGUU